AAAGUUGAGUGAAAAAGAUAAAUGACAAAUAAAAUUCUCUGAGCAACUCUGAGUUUCCUCUUUUCCGUUUCAGAAGUUGGUGGUGACCGGGGGGCCUUGAUGGACUUGCGAGGUCACCACAGGGCUUUGCUAGCCCUAGUGCUAAACGUGGCUGCUCUGGCGCUGUCCUCUAUUGCACUCAUUUCAUCAUACUGGUGCCAGGGAAAGCAGAAAGUGCCAAAGCCCCUUUGUACCUUGACAAAGACCACCAAUUGUAUUCCUGUCCCAGGCAUCUCCAACUCUGCUGCCAUCCAGUACUCCUGGGAGACGGGCGAUGACCGUUUUGUCUUCCCCUACUUCCACACAGGCUUGUGGCACUCGUGCGAAGAAAAUAUCUACGGCAACGAUGAAAAGUGCAGGAGCUUCAUUGACCUUACCCCUCACACGGAGAAAGGAAUGAUCUGGCUCUCCGUGGUGACAGAAAUGGUUUACAUUUGCUUGUUAGCUCUGAGCUUUAUGAUGCUCAGCGCCGAACUGCUUCACUCCAGCUUGUACCCUGGCAGCCCCAUCUGUGGCCUGAAGCUCAAUGCCUUUGCAGCCGUCUUUACCGUCCUGUCAGGUCUGUUGGGUAUGGUCGCCCACAUGAUGUAUAUGCAGGUAUUUCAGGUGACUGCGUCCCUUGGCCCAGAAGACUGGAAACCACACAGCUGGGACUACUCCUGGUCUUUCUACCUGGCCUGGACCUCUUUCACGUGUUGCAUGGCCUCUGGUGUCACCACCCUCAAUUCCUACACUAAAACUGUCAUCACGUUCCGGCGCACACGUAAGGCCUACGAGGCGAGCCUGAAGAAAUACUGCCAGCUGCCAUUGUACCAGCACACAGCAGCAGCAGCGGCCUUGUCUCGGGAAGCUCCACUCAACCCUUACUACUCCUCAGAAGAAAAGACUUUCUGCCCUCCUCCUCCUCCUCCACCUCUGACACUGCCCCCAGAUCUGUAUGAUGAUUCUAAAGAGCCUGUUCUUUUUAAUGGCAUCCUUGAAUCUACAGCAGAAGCAGAAGAAGACGAUGAGAAGGAAGAGGGAUAUUUGGCAGAAGAUGAUGGAGAGCCAUGCUGACAUGACCACUGUCCUCACCUUGUUUGUGGUUGCUGUGCCUGGCAGCCUUACCAUCUCCUUCCUUUACCAUUCCAUACUCACAAACCUUAAUUUUAUUGUGUGGGAGUCUAACUUGUGCCUCUUAUCAUGCAUCCAGAUUCCUUGAUGUAAUUUUUGGUGAACCCCAUAGCUCCUCUGCUGUUUCAGAAGAUAUUUUACAGAUGUUAAUAUGGGGAGUUGGUUGGAGUGAAACAAAAUCUCAUGGAAUUACUGUGGCUUGUUCAGUCUGGCAGCAAAAAAAACUUGGUGACCUCUACAAUGACUCCGGCUUGUAACAUUCCAGUAACUGAGGUCCAUUUUCUCUGCUUACUCUUCUUCUAUUUUCUAUCUCCAACUCUAAUCAGUGUCUUGUCCAUUUUCUUUCCACCAGCUCUGUAUUUGUUCUUGUACAUUGUCUCCAAUAUUAAGAAGCCUCUACAUUUAGUUUCUAUGUGGCUGUGUGACCUUGUAACGGUCGUGUGGAAUAUGCGUGCGUCACUGUGAGUUUGUACCUUUCCCCAUUCCUGUUAUUAGUGGAAUGGCUUCAUUUGUAAGGCCGGCCAGUUGUACAGGGGGAGGGCCCAAAAGACUGUAGGGGGAGGAGCCAACGGUAUGUAAAUGGGUGGCGGGAAAAAGGAGAGGAGGAGCGCAGAGCCAAGAGAGAAGUGGACGCCAUCACAGGAAAAGGGAUUGA